CCCUGAGCCACAGUUGUUGGUUGUACUGUGUUUUAGCCACAGCACUCGUAUCCCGUACGGUACUGUGUUCCUGCCCUAAACUGCCGGACAUGACCGCCCCUCCCCUCCACCUUCCAAUUCCAGCCGCCCCACGCCACCGAUCUCCCAUACGCCGAUCGUGGCUGCACCCAUCUCAAUCUCACCUCCAUCUUCCCCCUCAUUCGUCCCAACGCCGCGUCGAGCUGGGGUAGUAUAGCGCGCCACCAAGAUCACGAGGGCUAGCUCAACCCUGACCUCACUCCACUCAGAAAAACGAACAACCACAACCACUGGCAGAUACCGGUCUUGGCCUCGACGACUAGACUCUUGGACAGACACGAACGCACUCAAAUUGCGCUUAUCGGAAAAAAUCCUGCAUGUGGGGAAGAGAGAACCACUGUACUAAGAUGUUCCACCCAGCUGCUCCACGCGGGAAAGCGCGUUAGGAUGAGACCGAGGAUGGGUAUCACUUUCCUCAUCGGGCGUGGUACAGCGUGCGCGCUGCAAAAGAUGCCCUGCCAUCAGCACGCGGCGAGACCCGUGAAGGGUAAGGUCAAGCAAGGCAAGGUAGGGAAAAUGGGGACUACGUACUACGGAGUGGACCGAAAUAAAUAAAGUCUCCGCGCACGCGGACGACACCUCUCUUCCUUCUUCUCGUUUUUUUGUGUUUCUCGGAUUGCUUUUGGGACUGUCGCGUGAGGGCCAAUUCAUUCAACAUUGCCCCCCCUUCUAACGAAGUAGUGAGAGCAGAGUAGCUAUGCAGCAUUCAUCUGCUGAGGUGAUUGAGGGUGUGGACCGGGCGGGGCAUGCGCCGGGGACGACGGCGACGGAGAUGGACACGACGAGGCUGAGGAAUGGAGGUGGGAGUGUGCGCGCGCAUCCGGUUGAUGAUGGGAUGUACCCCACGACGGAUAACAAGGCGUCGACCGACCGUGACAGUCUACGCAAGGUCGAUAUCGAGAGCAAUGAUACGGAUGAGGUUAAGGUGGACAGGGUGGAGGAGGUGAGGAGUGAGGAUGAGGAGCCAGGGGCGAUCAAGAAGUUUAUUGCAAAGUAUCGAAAGCAGAUUCGCAUUGCGAUUCACGUUAUUGUUGGGACUGUGAUGACUGGAUGGUGGAUCGCAGGCCUCGUCCUCCACCGCAACGACUACGGCUGGCUGAUCCCCUUCCUCCUCUGGCUCUUCAUCAUGAUCCGCCUCGUAACCUUCUACGUCCCCUCCCGCUACGCCAUGAUCCCCAUCGCCUUCCUCUGGAGGAACAUCGUCCAGCGCGUCGUCCACAUGAUCCCCUCCCGCUUCCGCCUCCCCCUCGGUGCCCUCGGCACCGUGGCCGUCAUCCUCCUCGGCUCCAUGGUGAGCGAGGAGACCAAGGACAACACGCGCGCCAACCGCGCCAUCUCCUGCUUCGGCCUCGCGGUCUUCAUCUUCCUCUUCUGGGCGACCUCCAAGAACCGCAAAUUGAUCAAAUGGCACACCGUGAUCGUCGGCAUGCUGGCGCAGUUCAUCCUCGCCGUCUUCGUCCUGCGCACCAAAGCCGGAUACGACAUCUUCAACUUCAUCGCAUACCUCGCCAAGUCCCUCCUGGGCUUCGCAAGCAAGGGAACUGAAUUCCUCACCAACGCAGACGCCUUAACGCUGGGCUGGUUCAUCUUGAACGUUAUUCCGCCGAUCGUCUUCUUCAUCGCCCUGGUCCAGCUGCUCUACUACCUCGGUACCCUCCAGUUCUUCAUCACGAAAUUCGCUCACCUCUUCUUCUACACCAUGCACGUCUCCGGCGCUGAGGCCGUCGUCGCUGCCGCCUCCCCGUUCGUCGGGCAGGGCGAGAGUGCCGUGUUGAUCAGGCCGUUCAUCCCGCAUCUCACGGAUGCGGAACUGCACCAGGUCAUGACGAGUGGAUUCGCUACCAUCGCUGGCUCUGUACUGGCUGCGUAUAUCUCGAUGGGGAUUAACCCACAAGCUCUGAUUUCCAGCUGUGUGAUGUCCAUCCCCGCCUCCCUCGCCAUCUCCAAGCUCCGCUACCCCGAGACCGAGGAGCCGCUCACGGCAGGCCGCAUCGUCGUCCCAGCAAUGGAAGAUGAAGAGCGUCCCUCCAACGCCCUGCACGCUUUCGCUAACGGCGGAUGGCUGGGCCUCAAGGUCGCGGGUAUGAUCGUCGCGUCCCUCCUCUGUAUCUUAUCUCUGCUGGAGUUUGUCAAUGCGAUCUUGACAUGGUGGGGACACUACCUGAAUAUCGGAUCCUUCGAUCCUGGGGAGACGAAAAACCUCACCAUCCAGUUCGUGCUGGGCUACCUCUUCUACCCCGUCUCUUUCCUGCUGGGUGUUGACAGGAAUGGCGGUGAUAUCUUGCUGGUGAGCAAGUUGAUCGGGAUGAAGAUCAUCACCAACGAAUUCGUCGCUUUCUCCUUCCUCACCUCCGACAUCGAAUACGCCAACCUCUCCCCCCGCUCCCGCCUCAUCGCCACCUACGCCCUCUGCGGCUUCGGCAACAUCAGCAGCGUCGGAAUCCAAAUCGGUGUCCUCUCCCAGCUCGCCCCCGGCAAAGGUGGACGGGUAGCGAGAGUAGCGUUCAGUGCCCUGCUGAGUGGGAUCGUGAGUACGCUUACCAGUGCCAGUAUUGCGGGGAUGUUGGUUAGUGACCAGGCUACGCUUUUUAAGGUCUCGUCGAGUGCUUGAAGAG